AUGGCCUCUAAACCACCCUUAGGGGCUCAGAGGUCCCUUGAUAUUAGAGACAAGUGUGUGGUUGGAGGGUUGCGGUGGAGGAAACGUGGCCAAGGAAGUGUAACAAGUGAAGCAUCAUCUGGUGAAGAGGAAACUCGCACAGUCCGUGAGCGCCGACCACGCCAUCACACGCCUGAUCCACCCAGACGUAUACUCACACGUUUGGAAAAGCAGAAUAGCACUGAGGACAGCACCUCCAGCAGCAGUGGUAACUCAACACCGGAUCAUCGGCCGACCCGCAGACCUUAUAGAAACAGCCGAUUACAAAAUAUCAACAAUACUGGGCAUAGUGAUACUGAUAUUGUAAGCAUCAGUAGUAGUAUUAGCAGUUCUAAUAGUAGUAGCUUUAAUACCAGUACAAGUGGCAGUAACACCAGUGCAAGUAGCACUAGUACCAGCAGUAGCAGCACACCAGAGCCCGAGUUACCAUCCCGACCUCCGUCACGUAGGGUUGCAGCUGCAGCGGCUCUAAGACAGAAAUUAGGUAUCCACCGAGCUACAGGUGGUAAGAGGGGACCAACCAAUAACGGUGCUACUCGACGUCCAACUCAGAGAUGGCGUAGUGUAUCACCGGUCACUCGCACUCCUCAGCCUUCGUCGCCAUCCACAACACUUUACUCGAAUAAAAACAAAAAUAAUAACGAAAAUAAUAGAAAUAGUACCAAUUGUGAAGAAAGUAUUAGCAAAAGCCAAAAACGGAAAAAUAACAGCCCAAACAGAGCAUCAAAUAAAAACAACAAAUGUGGCACUGCAAUUGAAAUUCCAGUUAAAGGAGAUGAUUUGUUAGAAUCAAGAUCAGAACUUUCUCCAAAGAAAGAUAUCAGAAAAGAAACUGAUAUUACAAAUGCCAUUAGUUCAUCUGAGGAUCCUAUUGUAGUUUAUGAAAAGACUAAUUUUCUGAAUCGGACACCACCUAAUAGAAGAGCUGUUGAAAAUCGAAGUUCAAAUAACAGAAAGCCUACAUUGAAUUUAAAUAAGGAUCUCUCGCCAAAUAAAACUGUUCCAUCUCAAUUAUUAAUUAAAAAAGAUUCUCCAGGGAGAGUAACAGCAUCUUGUAAACCAUACAAGGAAAAGGAGGAAUCAGUUGAUCAGACUUGCACAACACCAGAAAGCAAGUAUAUAAGUCCUGAGUCAUCCAACACAGUUAUUAAAGAAAAUGUAAACAGGAAAACUUCUGCUGUUGUCCCACCAACAAGUAGUUCCAUAUAUAAUGAAGAGGUCUUUAUAAUAGAACCUUGUAAAGAGGAGUCUGCCAAUAAAACUUCUCCAGUUAGUGCUAUAAAAACUGAAGAGACCACAAGGAAACCAGUGUUGAAAAAUUUCAAGAAAGAGUUGGUGACAAAGGAACCCCCAGUUCUUUCAAACUCUUCCAAAGACGAGAAUUCCAAGAGAACAUUUCCUUCUGGUGCUUUAGUUACAGCUGGUGAAACUCCUAGAAAUGAAAACCAGUGCAAAUCAGAAGCAGCUGUAGAAAUCUUAUUAGAUUCUGAGAAGGGCAAAUUUGCUUGUGAAAAACUUCCUGAAACUAAAGAGGAAAAAACACCUGCCAAAGUAGAAUUGGAGAAGCCUUCUGCUUCAUUAGAAGGAAAGAACAGCUCAACAGACAGCACUAAUGUUUUUCCAUGUACCUGCAGCAAAGCUUCCAUCAGUGAUACCCUUGUAACUACCACAGCUGUAGUUAGGAAGCCUAGUUUAAGUGAGGAUGAUGUUGUGAUUGAAGCCACGAGUGUUAUACGAACAGCAGGUGAUAGUUCAAGUGCAAUUGUUAGCCAGCAUGACAAAAGUGUUAGGAGUGCCAUUUUGGGCCCGAGUGCCAACAGUGUUGUGUGGAGUUACUUGGUCUUCAGAAAGCAGCAAGGUGAACUCUAG